UUAUAUAACAACUUAACUUGUAUCUCAAUGCAUGCCCACUAAUAUCAAAUCACAUAUUCCUGAGGUUACAUUAAACAUCAUGAGGAACAUCAACAUCUCUCUAUGCAUGCUUGUCAUAGCAAUGGUGCACGUAGGAGCAAGUUCACCCUCAGGUUUCAAUUACGGUGAUGCCCUUGACAAGAGCUUGAUGUUCUUUGAGGCACAAAGGUCUGGUAAGUUGCCAUUCCAACAGCGAGUCAAGUGGAGGGGUGAUUCCGGGCUCCAUGAUGGACUUCAGCAAGGAGUGGACUUGGUGGGAGGAUACUAUGAUGCAGGUGAUCAUGUGAAAUUUGGGUUGCCAAUGGCCUUCAGUGUGACAAUGCUGGCAUGGGGAGCCAUUGAGUUCAGGAAGGAGAUCACAGACCUGAACCAAAUGGAACACACAUUAUGGGCCAUUAGGUGGGGAACUGACUACUUCAUCAAGGCACAUCCUCAGCCUAAUGUUCUUUGGGGACAGGUGGGUGAUGGAGCGUCUGAUCACAGUUGCUGGGAGCGUGCUGAAGACAUGACAACUUCAAGGGCUGCCUACAAAAUUGAUGAACAACACCCUGGCUCUGAUCUUGCUGCUGAAACUGCUGCCGCAUUGGCGGCUGCAGCUAUAGCCUUCAAGCCCUACAACUCUUCUUACUCCAGUCUCCUGCUAGUUCAUGCACAACAGCUCUUCACAUUUGCUGAUAGGUACAGAGGUCUAUAUGAUGAUUCCAUACCCAGUGCUCAACAAUUCUAUGCUUCUUCCAGUUAUUCAGAUGAAUUGUUGUGGGCUGCUGCAUGGUUGUAUCAAGCAACUGGUGACGAGUACUACUUGAAGUAUGUAGUAGACAAUGCAGUGUAUAUGGGUGGAACUGGAUGGGCAGUGAAAGAGUUCUCUUGGGACAACAAAUAUGCUGGUGUACAGAUCCUCCUAUCAAAGGUACUACUUGAAGGAAAGGCUGGUUCCUACGUCUCAACACUAAAGCAAUACCAGGCCAAGGCAGAUUAUUUUGCCUGCGCUUACUUGCAAAAGAAUGAAGGUUACAAUGUCCAGAAAACCCCAGGUGGCUUGGUAUAUGUGCAUGAUUGGAACAACUUGCAGUAUGCUUCAUCUGCUGCAUUUCUUUUAGCUGUUUAUUCAAACUAUCUCAACGCUGCAAAAUCCCAGCUCAACUGUCCAGAAGGACAAAUUCAACCUCAGGAGCUCCUAAGUUUUGCAAAAUCACAAGCUGACUAUAUUCUUGGCAAAAACCCCAAGGAAAUGAGCUACUUGAUUGGAUAUGGACCAAAUUAUCCUUCCCAUGUUCACCAUAGAGAUUCUUCCAUUGCUUCAAUUUCAGUUCUUCACUCUGAGGUUAGCUGUGUCCAAGGAUUCGAGGCAUGGUACAGACGCGGUGAGCCAAAUCCAAACAUCUUAUAUGGUGGGCUUGUUGGAGGCCCUGGCCGGAACGAUGACUUCUCUGAUGAAAGAUCCAAUUAUGAGCAAACUGAGCCUACAACUUCAGGCUCUGCUCCUCUAAUAGGCAUCUUUGCUAAACUGCAGAGUUUGUAUGGUAAUGCAGGUUCCUACCAAUACCAACAUAAAUCACAAGUUCCCAAGCCAACAACACCGAGUAUAUAUCCACAUAAAACACUAGCUCAUGCAACACCAGCAGGUUUUAUCACAGGCCCCCCAGUACAGUUCCUUCAUUCAAUUACUAGCUCAUGGACUGUUGGUGAAUCAACUUAUUACCGUCACAGGGUGGUAAUAAAGAACAUUUCCCAAAAGCCAAUCUCAGAUCUUAAGUUGAUGAUUCAGAAUCUCUCCGGUUCUCUGUGGGGUCUCACUCCAACAAAUGAGAAGAACAUCUAUGAGCUUCCUCAGUGGCUUAAUGUGUUGCAACCUGGCUCUGAGUGCAUAUUUGUUUAUGUUCAAGGAGGACCACAAGCCAAAAUCUCUAUACUGAGCUUCUUCUAAUCUUUUUGGUAGACAUGUUUAAGUCAAAAACCAUUUUGAUUAUGAUUAAAACUAAAAGCUCUCUCCCCUUCCCUCUUUUUGCACAGAUGUAAUUUGACAAUCAAACUAUUGUCACUUCAGUACUUAAUUGUCAACUUGCCUUAGUCAAUCCAGACCUCACUCCCACACUUUAUAAUUGUAAUAUUAGUUUCUCAUACAUGCUCGUUUUUCAUAUAAACAAAAGGACUUGUAUUAAGUAUCAUAUUAUAUUCUACAAUGAACAUAUGGAAAGACCCUUCAAACAAGGAUUUGUUG